AUGACAGCGCUUCGGGAAACUGGGGACGAUCCGACCGAUUUGCCCGAUCACGUGGCACAAAACCUCGAGUCCUGCCGCUUAUACCCGGGAUUAGUGUUCAGCAACGCCAGCCCUAAUCUGUUCUCGCAGAACCGCAACUCUAUCUACGAGGGCAAGAAGAUCAUUUCGCCCAACUUUAAUGUCGUCUUGUCGGACUGGUCCAUGUCGAACCAUGCUCGCUCAGACAUGAGCUUGAAGUUCCCGAGCCAGGAUAAUUCUGGAUCUCCAAAAAAGCUCCGCAGGACCAACACAGCAGAAUUGCUAGAUAGGUUCAUCCCCUCGCGCCAGACAACGUCUGGCAAACUGUCUCUGGAAGAGGCGCUUCCUUCACAAUGUCGGCUGCCUUACGAGCACAUCGAGUCGCAGACAGCCCAGAUUUACCAGGAUACGGUGGCAGAGGCGUGCGGUCUGGAAGUUGGCGAGCGGAUCUUGCAAUUUCAGCCGCUGCCGCCAGCAAGCAAAAAGGCGUCGAAGCUUAAAAGCGGGCAGUUCAAAACCAAGACAUCGAUCUCUACCGCGGCGGCACAGGCACGGAUCAAGAAAGUGCCCAAUUGCCCGGAAAAAGUGCUCGAUGCGCCCGGCUUUGUCGACGAUUUCUACCUCAACCUGCUGUCGUGGUCACGUGACAACAUCCUGGCGAUCGCGCUGGAAAACUGUGUCUACUACUGGAACGCCACGACGGGCGACGUCGACUUGGCUGCAGAGUGCGACAGCAUUGUCACCUCCGUGCGCUGGUCCGAGACGGGUGGAUAUCUUUCGAUCGGCCUCGACUCUGGCUCUGUCGAGAUUUGGGACCCCGAGGCCGGGUCGCGGCUGCGUGUCAUGGCCGGCCAUCAGUCUCGCGUGGCUGCGCACGCGUGGAACGAGCACGUGCUCACGUCAGGGUCCCGCACGGGCCAGAUUUUCCACCACGAUGUGCGUUUAUCGCAGCACAUAGUUUCACAGCUAAAUAAUCACACCGCCGAAGUGUGCGGUAUCGAGUGGCGCAGAGACGGGAUGCAGUUUGUGUCUGGAGGCAACGACAACGUGGUGAAUAUCUGGGACGCGCGCUCCAGCGUCCCGCAGUUCACCAAAACCAGCCACACGGCUGCCGUCAAGGCGCUGGCGUGGAGCCCGACCCAGACGAGUCUUCUGGCCACCGGCGGGGGGUCCACGUGUCGGCGCAUCCAUUUCUGGAACACCACCACGGGGGCUCGGGUCAACUCGAUCGAGACCAAUUCGCAGGUUUCUUCGCUGCGAUGGGGGUACUCCAACGGCAUCGGCACAGAGAUCGCUGCCACGCACGGGUUCCCCAACAAUGACAUUAGUAUCUACAGCUACCCUUCGCUCCUGAGAACGGGGGUUGUGGCUGGUGCGCACGAUUCCAGAGUUUUGCAUAGCAGCCUGUCGCCUGACGGCACUACGUUGGCGACGGUGGCAGCAGACGAGAACCUCAAGUUCUGGAAGCUUUUCGACUUGCAGACCGAGGUUGCCAACACGAGCAAGGACAUUGCAACUCCCAAGGUCGAAAUUCUGAGCUUUGCCGACUGCAAGAAAGCAGCGCGUACGCUAUACGAGUCCUUCGACAACGAUGACGUGGCACGGUACGUUUCGCGCCACCUGGAACACGAUCCCGAGCUGAGGGAGAAGUGCGACCUCCUCAUGUACGAAGCGUAUGUGCAUUCGCAUAUUCUGAAGGGUCUGGUUGUCGGGGUCAAGGGUGAAGACCAUGAGAGUCACAACACAUUUGAGACGGUCGCCGUUUUCGCGCACCCUGACUCCACCGUCGACGACUAUCUGACACUUGUGCGGUCUGGAUUUGCCAGACUGGCCUGGCUGACGGGCGCAGAGGGCCGUCGUCGAGUGUUUGGCACCUUGUUCAAGGUGCUACACGAUAACUAUGCCGAGAUCAUGGCUGUGGACCCGGACGGAGCCAACACAUGGACCCUUGUGUAUCUCGGCUCCACCCCGCGCGCCCGUGGGAAGGGCAAUGUUCGCGCGGUCAUGGAUUAUAUGUUCACCAACCACAUCGACCCGGCCAACGCCACAACGUAUUUGGAGAGCAGCUCGCUGAAAAACCUCCCCAUCUACGCCAAGUUUGACUUUGUUCCUGUGGCCGAUAUCUGGCUGGGAGAUAAGACGAACACGGCCGACAGGGCUCGGAUGGACGUCAUGCCAAAGACCAUAAAGGCGCUCACGGACGAGAAAGUGUACACGUGGAUCGUGGAGCUUGUAUACGGGCCCAACAAGGAGCAGGCCCUGCUGGAAUUGGGCAAGAAGCGGGAAUUGUACGACGACCUGGCCUUGGUGUUGUGGAAUUCGUUUGGCGUCAUGACCAGCCUGCUUGAGGAGAUUGUCGCUGUGUACCCACUGCUCUCGCCGCCUAACCUCAACACGCCGGCCUCAAACCGGGUGUGCAACGCGCUUGCGCUGUUGCAAUGCGUCGCCUCCCAUCCCGACACCCGUACACCGUUCUUGAACGCUCAGAUUCCACUAUUUCUAUACCCGUUUCUCAACACCAACUCAAAACAGCGGCCGUUCGAGUACCUACGGCUGACAUCGCUCGGCGUGAUCGGCGCACUCGUGAAAAAUGACACCAGUGAGGUGAUCCAGUUCCUGCUCACCACAGAGAUCAUCCCCCUGUGUCUCAAAAUCAUGGAGUCCUCCUCGGAGCUCUCCAAAACAGUCGCCAUCUUCAUAGUCCAGAAGAUCCUCAUGGACGACGCUGGGCUCGCGUACACGUGCCAGACCUUCGACCGGUUCGAGGCCGUUUCGAACGUGCUACGGCUCAUGAUCGACCAGCUCGUGGCCAACCCUACUGCUCGCUUACUUAAGCACGUGAUCCGCUGCUACUCUCGUCUGGCAGACAAUCCAGAGGCGCGGAUUGCACUCAGGGACCGACUUCCCGAGGCUCUGAAGACCGAUGUUUUUGCGUCGCUCUUGCAACGUGUCUUUCGCAGCUUCUCAUGA